UGGGUUUAGCUCGCACCGGCCACCAAACCCUAGAAUUUACGUGUGUGGUUUUGCCUCACAAAACAGCGAGCAGUAAGCAAGCAGUCCAGAUAGAAGACAGUCCGGACUAAUCACAUACUUAUCAUCCAAAAUGGCCAACCCCAGAGUCGAAGAGCUUCCCGACGAGGAGACCCUCCAGAAGCCCACCGUUGAGGAGCAGGACAGCGAUGACUCCGACGUCGAGGAUGCUGGCGAGACCGAGCUCCCUGCCGGCUCUACUGCCGUAAUCCACAACCGCAACGAGAAGAAGGCUCGCAAGGCCCUUGAGAAGCUUCACCUCACCCGCGUCCCUGGCAUCACCCGUGUCACUCUCCGCCGCCCUAAGAACAUCCUCUUCGUCAUCAACAACCCCGAGGUCUACAAGUCCCCCAACAGCAACACCUACAUUGUUUUCGGUGAGGCUAAGAUCGAGGACAUCAACGCCACUGCCCAGGCCGCUGCUGCUCAGCAGCUCGCUGCCGCCGCUGAGGCUGAGCACGCCGGUCACAACCACGGUGAGGCUGGCCACAGCCACGACCACGCCCACGAGGCCAAGAAGGAGGAAGAGGAAGAGGAUGAUGGCGAAGAGGUCGACGCCGAGGGCAUCGAGGAUAAGGACAUCGAGCUCGUCAUGACCCAAGCCAACGUCAGCCGCAACAAGGCCAUCAAAGCCCUGAAAGAAAACGACAACGAUAUUGUCAACUCUAUCAUGGCCCUGAGUAUCUAAGCCAAUUGCGUUUUGCCAAAAUCACAGAAGUCGGAGGCGAUGUGACAUUUUUAAGGCUGCCCUAGAUUGGCGCCUUUGCGCUCCAUGUUGACAUGGAGAGUAGUCUAUAUCAACUUCUUAAAAAGGCCUUGAUAUCCUAAAUUGAUCUCAUGCCC